AUGACUUCAGCAACGACCAAGCUUAAAGGUACGCGUGACAGACUACAGAACCAGAUACCACCCGGUGAUAAAACUACUAUGGAGGUUGAUGGAGCGUACUCUUUCAGACACAACAUCGCGGCUUACGGAGGGGUAAUUAAAAGCGCAGGAAUGACAGCACUGGAAGGCUUUAUGAUGAAAAUAGACGCAACUGAUAGCCUGGUAGCAGAAUUAUGGGGAUGUUUAGUGGGUCUUAAGAGAGCCUGGGAUGCAAACUACAGAGAGAUAAUCCUGAGAACGAACUCGGUAGAAGCAAUAGAACUAAUCUAUGGAGAAAGCAACGACAUGCACGAAGACUGGGUGCUGAUAAGCGAGAUUAAAGAGAUGAUUAAUAGAGACUGGCAUGUGGAAAUACAUCAUAUCGACCGUCAGAACAAUGGCCAUGCAGAUACUCUUGCUAAGAAGGCCCUAAAUGGUGCUUUUGGCCUCCAAAUUCUGGGCCCGAAUGCACUAUCUUACAUUUUAUCUUCAGUGUAG